AUGGGGCGCAAUCUCAAGGUAAAGACGGUCGGUACGCAGCAGAAGCGCCGUAAGAAGUCGGAAGGGAUAAAUACAAGUGGUGGUCAUAGUCCGACACUAUCAGUCACGUCGUCCUCAGGCAGCAUGUCAACGCCGUGUCUUCGUGAGUGCGAGCAAUGCGGCAAUAAUAUGUUGUUAGACGGUGUAACAAAGACGUGGUCAUCGAGUAAAAAGAGUGUCGUAUCCACGGGGUGCCAAAUAUGUGACUUUGUUGCAUUCCGACGGUCACAACGGCCUUGUGUACAAUGUACACGCAUGAGUUGUGACCACUUUUGUGAAUGGUGUGGCAAGGGAUUUCACGCGAAAUGUGCAAAAUUACAUAAUGAAGACGUGGGUAAUCCAAAUGGAUUUUGCUGCCAUAAAUGUGAAGCUGAACAGAGUGAAGGUCACGAUACGGAUGAUGAAGAGACAAAGGGUGAAGAAGAUGUGGGAUCACGAUGUGGCAGUUGUCGAUUACCUUUUGCUUCAACGGGUAAGGAAGUGGACGAUGUCAAAGUUGCAACGGGAUUUAAAGUAAAUCAAGCGGUACUUGUGGACAAUGACGAGGUACUGUAUAAUGCAUUGAUUACUGAGGUAGAUACUAAGGGCGAGCGUAUUAAAAUUCAUUUUACGCGAUGGAGUAAAUCGUUUGAUGAUUGGUAUGCGAUGGAUGAUGAGCAUAUUAAUGAAAGUCUGGCUUGUGACUGCUGCAAUAAUUGGUUUCAUAUCGGGUGUCUCCCGCCGAUUAAGAGCUCAGGAAGGUGGAAAGACUCGACAUAUGUGUGUCCACGAUGUAUUGAUGAUGCCCAUGCGUUCCACAAUGGUAGUCGCACGGUGCAGAAGGUAAAAUCCGUCUACAGCUCUACGACCAACACAAUUGCAAAAGCUGCGAAGAGAACAACGUUACCGAAAGAGGGUGAAACAGCUAUCGUGGCGGCUGCAAAGACGAAGAAACCGAGUAAAGCGGUUAUGGUUGCGGAUAACGUUCACGAAAACAUGCAAGAAAAGAAGAAGGAAAACGACAGCAAAGUGAGAGGGGAGAAAGUCAAUACUGCAAAGGCACCCAGCAAAAAGAAGAAGCGAAAAUUAUCAGAAACUGUUGAUUUUUCAGUAAGGACACAGGUAAAAGAGAAUAUGAGUGAAAGGGCUGCGAAGAGCACUGUGUCUGACUCGAAAACGGUAACGUCAGUAGCAGCAAAGGCCCUUGCAAGUACUGGUGCUGCUUUUGGUCUUGCGUCAGCACCUGGAGAAGUGAAAGAAGACUUACCAAAUGGGCGUGCGGCUACGACGGAAGUGAGCGCCAAAGCCAACACGAAGAUGCCAAAGAUGCCUGCUGCAAAUGUCGUUGUGUCUGCGGAUACUUCAGCUAUGAUGCAUACUUCUCCAGAGCAUACAGUCAAGGUAGCGACUGAAGCACAUAGCUCGCCUUAUAAAGCUGCUGCCGCUAAGAUUGGUGCAAUCCACAGGCCUGCUGUAAGCGAAUCUGACGCGGACCAGCACGAGAGGAAGCAGGUAAUGACGCCUCAAACCACUGUUGCGGCGCAUUCUUCGACUUGGCAUUCGUCGUGCAACACUGUAAUGUCGCUUUUGAACAGUCCGCCAGCGAAUGACACUGGAAUCAAGACCUUCAAACCCACGGUCCAUUCCCUGCCAAUGCUGAACCCGUUAGACACAACACAUGCGUCGUCGUCAAAGCCGGCAAUGGCAAUGCAAGCCAACUUUCAGGUAUACGUAAAGAUGGAGCAAAAGAAUGGCCGUUUUUCGUUGUAUCCUCGGUCGGUAGCGGACGAUAAGCCCGUUCAGGCAGACCGAAAACAAGUGUCGAUAAAGCCAGUAAAGACAGUAGCAGCACGACGGACAAAGCAGAGCCAAACAUGUCGUGGUCUGAGUGCGUUUGACAUCCUACGUGAAGUAGCAGCGCAAGAGAUCGACGAAGGCGCUGUACCAGUAAAACCGAAGCGUGAGAAGCGUCCUCUGGGUCGUGGAGCUAACGCUAUUGCAAGCAAGCGUGCGAAGAUGGAUACGUCUACUUGUGCAUCGAACACUACACCGGGACGAAUAAUGUCAUCCGGAGCAUUUGGAAAUUCUGCUGGUUCAGACACCAAUGAGUCGCCGCAGACCCGUGACCGCAUCCAGAUGAACCCGUUUGUUGAUCUGCACUUUAGCAUUCGCAAGGAGAUGUACCUUCGCUUUUGUCGUCUAGAAGAAGAAGGGAUGCUAACGCGAGACUCGGCGCAUUUGCUGCGCUCGCUAAUCUACCCGACGUCGGAGCGGUUCCAAGACCUUAAGUUUGUGUACCUUGUGAACAAGGAUCUACCAUCGGUACAACUUACAAAACGGCUCCUUGAAGCGGUGCCGUACCCCCCCAACAGUGGCGAAACCAAUUGCUACAACGGUGGCUAA